UUGUACAUGGGAAUUUCCAGGAAGUCAACGAUGUGCACCCUCUGUACAUGAGAAAAUAUUUGGAUUUGAAACCCCCAUUAUUACAAUUAUACAUGUGCCUAAGCUACUGAUUCAAAAUCAGCAUCUUUUUUCCUUGAGUUACUUCCGUUCUCUCCCUACAGACUUACCCUGCCACAAGAGUCUCACUCUUGUUUCUUCGACUGUUUCUCCACAAAACAAUGGCGAUGUUUUUCUUGUUUCAUUCUAUCUUUUUGUUUGUUUAUAUCUGGAGAUUCAUCAUACGAAGCCGUCAUAUUUCUCCAUCCCCAUCUACUCCUUCCACCUUAACCACCGCCCAGCCACAAGUAAUUAAAUAUGAUGUCUUUCUUAGUUUCAGGGGAGAAGACACUCGUUCUGAUUUUACCAGCCACCUCUAUGCUGCUUUGAACCGGAAACAAAUCAUAACUUUCAUAGACUAUCAGCUUGUGAGAGGAGAUGAGAUUUCGGCAUCACUUCUGAGAACAAUUGAAGAGGCCAAGCUUUCUGUGAUUGUUUUUUCUGAAAACUAUGCAUCUUCCAAAUGGUGCUUGGAGGAGCUUGCAAAGAUUUUUGAACGUAGAAAAAAUAAUGGACAGAUAGUUAUUCCGGUAUUCUACCAGGUGGAUCCAUCCCAUGUAAGAAAUCAAACAGGGAGGUUUGGGGAUGGAUUUGCUAGACUUAUAAAGAAGAAAGCUUUGACGAUGGACAAAGAGCAGAGCUUCAGAGACGCUUUGACGGAUGCAGCCAAUCUAUCUGGAUGGAGCUUAGGGAAGUCUGAGCUGGAGUCUGAAUUUAUUAAGAAUAUCGUUGGAGAUGUUUUGAAAAAAUUGCAUGCCAUGUCUUCAAGUCACACUACGACUGGUCUAUUUGGAAUUGAUGUUCGUGUUAGCAAAGUUGAGUCUUUGUUAAAUAUAGAAUCUUCAGAUGUUCUCAUUGUAGGGAUAUGGGGAAUGGGUGGUAUCGGUAAAACAACGAUUGCUGAAGCUGUUUGCAGCAAGGUUCGUUCUCGAUUUCAAGAAAUAUUUUUUGAAAACUUUAGGCAACAAUCUGAUUUGCGAAGAAGCUUUCUUUCAUGGUUGCUUGGCCAAGAAACUCCGAACACUAUGGGAUUCUUGAGUUUUCGAGAUUCUUUUGUGAGGGAGAGACUUCGUCGCAUAAAGGUUUUUAUUGUUCUGGAUGAUGUGGAUGAUUUAAUUCGUUUUGAAGAAUGCAAAAAUUUGCUUGAUGGACGAAAUAGUUCAUUUGGUCCGGGCAGUAAAGUUCUCAUAACAAGUAGGGACAAGCAGGUGCUUAGCAAUGUAGUUGAUGAGACAUAUGAGGUUGAGCGGUUAAAUGAUGAAGAAGCUAUUCAACUCUUUAGCUCGAAAGCAUUGAAGAAUUGCAUCCCCACAAUUGAUCAAAGACGCUUGAUAAAAAAGAUUGUAAGGCAUGUACAAGGCAAUCCGUUGGCUCUUAUAGUUUUGGGUUCCUCUCUCUAUGGUAAAACCAUCGAAGAAUGGCGCAGUGCAUUGAAUAAACUAGCUCAGCACCCUCGAAUUGAAAUGGCGUUGAAAAUUAGUUACGAUGGGUUGGAUUCAGAACAAAAAUCCAUAUUUCUUGACAUAGCACAUUUCUUCAUAGGAUGGGAGCCAUACGAAGUAACAAGAAUAUUAGAUUGCUUAUAUGGUCGGUCUGUGAAGUUCGAUAUAAGCACGCUCAUUGAUAAGUGUCUCAUAACUAUUUCUCAGUUCAGACUAGAAAUGCAUGAUUUACUAUAUGAAAUGGCAGUUAACAUUGUUCGUGCAGAAUCUGAUUUUCCUGGCGAACGUAGCAGGUUAUGUCAUCCUCCUGAUGUCGUUCAAGUAUUGGAGGAAAAUAAGGGAACUCAAUUAAAAGUUAAAGGCAUAUCUUUGGACUGGUUCUGGACAGAUGUACACUUGAAAUCUGAUGCCUUCGCAAUGAUGGAUGGUCUUAGAUUUCUGUGUCUCUCUCGCACCGCAGCUACAAUGCACCUUCCUCCUACUGGCUUCGAAUAUCUUCCUAAUAAACUGAGCUAUUUGCAAUGGAAUGGAUUCCCUUGGAAAUCCUUGCCGCCAUCUUUUCGUGCUGAACACCUUGUCGAGCUUCACCUACGCAAAAGCAAGCUUGAAAAACUUUGGACCGGAGUAAAGGAUGUUGGAAAUUUAAGAAUAAUUGACCUAUCUGACUCUCCAUAUUUGACGGAAUUGCCAGAUCUAUCAAUGGCCAAAAAUUUAGUGUCCUUAACACUUAUGGACUGUCCAAGUUUAACCGAGGUUCCGUCAUCUCUUCAAUAUCUUGACAAGCUGGAAAAAAUUUAUCUCAUUCUUUGCCAUAAUCUUAGAAGUUUUCCGAUGCUUGAUUCAAAGGUUCUCAGGUCCCUUUCUAUAAGUCGGUGCCUAAAUGUGACCACGUGUCCAACGAUUUCACAAAAUAUGGGAUACUUACGGUUGGAACAAACUUCAAUCAAAGAAGUUCCACAAUCAGUUACUGGCCGGUUGGAACGUCUUUGUCUAAGUGGCUGCUCAAAGAUGACCAAGUUUCCGGAGAAUUUAGAGGAUAUCAGACAAUUAAAACUAGAGGGAACUGCUAUUAAAGAGGUGCCCUCAUCAAUCCAGUUUCUCACAAGACUCCGUUAUUUGGAUAUGAGUGGUUGCUCAAAACUUGAGAGCUUCCCAGAAAUCACAGUGCCUAUGAAAUCUUUGGAGCAUCUUAGCUUGAGGAAGACAGGCAUUAAAGAGAUACCCUCAUCAUCAUUUAAGCAUAUGAUAUCCUUGAGGACUCUAUGUUUAGGUGGAACGCCUAUCAAAGAGCUACCCUUGUCAAUCAAAGAUAUGGUGUGUUUGGAAUAUCUGUAUUUGCAUGGAACGCCUAUCAAAGAGCUACCCUUGUCAAUCAAAGAUAUGGUAUCUUUGCGACAUCUGACUUUCCAUGGAACGGCUAUUAAAGCGUUACCUGAGCUUCCCUCUUCGCUGAGAUUACAUUUUAGAAGGAAUUUUACAAAUUGCUUCCAAUUGGAUCAGAAACAACUGAUAGAGGCAAUGCAUUUGGAAAUUCAGUCCGGAGAGGAGAUCCCACAUGGCAGAAUUCAAAUGGUUCUACCAGGGAGUGAAAUUCCGGAAUGGUUCGGAGACAAAGGAAUUGGAUCUUCACUCACCAUACAGUUGCCCUCAAACUGUCAUCAGCUCAAGGGAAUUGCUUUCUGCCUUGUCUUUCUACUCCCUCCUCCCUCCCAGGACAUGCCUUAUGAAGUCGAUGAUCCUAAUGUUCAUUUAAAUCUUGAUUACCAUGUUAAGAGUAAAAACAGUGAGCAUGAUGGUGAUGAUGAAGUCGUCUUAGAUUCCCAGAAAAGCCUUCUAUUACGUUGGUUGACUCCAUGUGACUCAGAUCACAUGAUUCUACACUACCAGCUCGAAUUGGUAAAUCAUUUACGUAAAUAUUCCGGCAAUGAAGUUACUUUUAAAUUCUACUGGGGAGGGAUGGAAGAUCAUGAGAGCCGAAGGCCUUUCGAGUUGAAAAGCUGUGGGGUGUAUCUGCACUUUGAUGAAAAUCUACGGGCGGACAAAAAGUUCAAAAGAAAAUUUUGGGAGAUAUAAAAGAAAUUGAAAGGGAGAAAUAAAAGUUCAGAAGAAAAUAAAUUGAGGGAGAAAUAAAAGAGACUGAAAGGGAGAGAGAGUUCUGUAAUUACUGCAAAUUGAUCUUUCAAUUAUUACUUGGUUUUCAAGAUAGCUGUAAAUAUUGUUAUUCCCUUGCAACUGACUAACGAACCAACUCUCUGUUAUUCAA